UGACAUUAUUAGCUUUCAUUCCUCAGAGUACAUUAUCUUCUUUGACGGCACAAGUAGGCCUGGGUCGCAUGUUGUUGCAAGAGUCUCCCGACGUGAGAUGACAGCCACACUGCGACCCCAUGGGUCACAAGCCCAGCAUUCUCCCACUUCCCCCGCGUCCUCAGUGACCACAACGCCGACAUCUCCACAUUUUAUGACUACUCAGGCGACCGGUAUACCGCGAUACGCUUCUCACCCUUUCGCAGCAGCUUCAACCGCAUCCUCAGAACACACACGUACGCCUUCACGCCCUCCUUCACCUCCUCUGUUCCGCCCACCUCCGAAUCAGCUCUUCUCGACGUAUCUCAAGUCAUGGGGACCUCAAGAAAUGACCUCCUUUCUGAGUCUGUACAAGUGUGCCCAUUACGCCCCAGUAUUCCAACGCAAUGAUAUCGAUGGCAAGGUCCUUCUGGACCUAGACAUGGCAAGUUUGAAAGAGAUGGGUAUAUCAAAGGUCGGCGAGAGGGUAAAGCUUCUAGGUGGAAUAAAGGAAUUGCGCAAGAGGGCAGCGGCGACGGGACCGAUCAGCCUGUCACGGAUCGAGUUACGUCUCAAUGGUGCUGCUACACCCCCAUUAGACGACUCGACCUCUCCCCUCGCUUUGAAAGCGCCUGAAAAGUCUGGCAGAAGAUUACAUACUGGUCGACCACCGCCAUUGGAUUUGCAGCCGCAUGCUGGGUCGCGACCUCUUCCACAGGCCUAUCAAAACCCUCCUUCCGCUACGCGGUCCACGACACCUCGCCCAAGACCGGGUCCUCCCUCCCAUGCGUCUAGCUCAAGCACGACUAUUCGUCCUGUACACUCAGAGACACCUUCAAACCAAGCUAGCCAGGCAGCAUCUUCCAGCUCUGUCCCUGCUCCUUCAAGGCCUAAUCUAAGAGCCCCGCCUCCACGCUUCAAUGCGAAUCGUCGUUCACCUAGUCCAAAUGCUGAGGUCGCCAACUUUGCCGGCAGACCAUUGCCGCCUGCUCCGGGUCAAUCUUCCGCCGCGGAAUAUGCUAAUGCGAUCACCCAACAGCGAGAAACCAGCGACGGACGGGCGACUCCGUCAUGGGCUCAGACCGAUGCUCAGUAUGGCCUGCCGAAAGGUCCUGCCCCUCGAGCUCCACCGGCAAAGCCGGACCAUCGGAAGCAAGCCAGUAUGGGGACCCCUUCAAAGACAUCGCCCAUGAAGACAAAAUUCUCUGCGAUCAUCGGUAGACCUAAUACGAAUUCAGGGCCAGUACAUCCUUUUGCUGCGAACAGAGCAGCGCGUGACGAAGAGCAUCCUAGACGUGCUUCGCCUCCGUCAGAUGGUCUGAACUACAAACGAGCAGCGCCUGGAUACGUUGUCGGCUCGGGCGGUAUGACCAACACAAAGGGGACUAUGGGAGAUAGGACAAAGAUGACUUCCAGUAUGCAAGCGCAGUUGCCGUUGGAGGACAUUCGGCGUCAGGUGGUCAAGUUUAUCAAUAAGGAAGACAAUACCAGCAGGACGGUCAAUGUAGCGAGCUGCAGCAGCGGUGUGGAAGUUCUGGAGAGGGUCCUAAAGAAGUUUGGCAAGUGGAACACUGGUACGAGUGUUAGCACGGACGGUGAAAGCGAUGAGGAUGGUGAUAGACUGGAGGUGGACGGCUGGGGAGUCUAUGCAGAGUCUGAUCCAGAUGACGAUGCCAAACCACUUUCAGAGGCCAGUCUACUUGGUAUCUGUCUGUCUCAUCGGGAUGGCAGCGUUAUGCGGGAGAAGGGCUUGGUCCUCCGUCGUACCCGACAGCAGAAGUAUCGCAAAAACAUGGAGGAAUUUUUUGGCGACACUCCCCCACCAGCCACUUCCCCGACUUCACCCACAUAUUAUGGUCCACGUCUUGGAGCUGCGGAGAACGACGAGAUGCUGUCGCCUUCACGGAACGCUCUCAAAAAGACGAACCGAGCGAGCACGGUCUCCGUCAUGUCGGGACUGGGAGUAGCAAUGUUGGACGACGUGCCGCCGUCUCCUUCCAGUCUUCGUGUGCCGCCCAGUGGCUCAUUCCUCGCAUCAAAGAGCAGGAGAAUGUAUAACUUUUUCGGUCAUCGACCUCCCAGUGAACUCAUCGCAAAUCACCUAGGAGAGUACUUCCCAGCAGCGAAGAGGAGGGAGUUGGAAAAGUCGCGUCAUUCUAUGCUUCGGCUGUCUGGACCGCCUCGGAGAUCGUCCGUCAUGUCGAGCGAGCACCGUGAUUCCCGGCGGGACACCAUAUCUUCAACCCCGAGACGUAGCCAGACGAGUCAUCGGACAAAUCUCUCCUCUCCGCCCGCAGCUUCGAUACCGGAAGAAGGGGAGGAAGACAGUCUGCCUCGAGUCUCCAUAUCCAACGAGACAGGAGAGAACGUUCGCUUCGACUCGGACCUCGACUCAACACACUCAACAGACUCCAAGCCUCCCUUGUUACCACCUUUCGUUCCGUCAAAAGAAUCCCUGUCCGAUCAGCUUGGUGCCUAUUCGCCCCUGCCCCAAACCAAUAGAGCGAAAUCAAUCCAUCAUGUUCGACGAGGCUCGGGAGGAUCCACCAAAUCUCGCAUGUCCACGCUGUCUCAACUGCGUCGCAAUCGAGAUCGAUCCGAUACGGCUUCUAUGCUCACUGUCGAUGAGAUCACUGCGGAGGUGGAAAACCGUCGUGCGAGUACGAUCACAUUCGAUGAGAGCGAUGAGGAUAUUCCUGCGCCGCCGCCCGUUAUUGAUCCAGGGGUGAUCCCGAGCAGUGAAGCAGAAGACGAUAGCACAGCGGAUGAGGAGAGUGAGGAAGAGAGUUUCAGCGAAGACGAUGAAGAUGAAGACGAGGAAGACGAUGAUGAUGAUGACGAAGCGGAUCAACAUGGUAAAGCAUUCACUUCGACGGGCUCCAAGCGGAUCAUCAAAUGGAUCAAAGGGGCUUUGAUUGGAGCUGGUUCAUUCGGAUCAGUGUUCCUCGGGAUGGAUGCGCACUCUGGGUUGUUGAUGGCCGUCAAGCAAGUCGAGUUGCCGACUGGAUCAGCGAGGAACGAGGAGCGUAAGAGAUCCAUGGUGGACGCCCUGGAAAGAGAAAUUGAGUUGCUCAAAGAGCUGCAGCAUGAGAAUAUCGUGCAGUAUCUAGACUCAUCCGCCGAUGCGAAUCAUCUCAACAUUUUCCUCGAAUACGUCCCGGGAGGCUCUGUGGCGGCUCUACUGAACAAUUAUGGAGCGUUUGAAGAAGCCUUGGUUCGAAAUUUUGUCAGGCAGAUCCUCGAGGGUCUGAACUAUCUGCAUCAGCGAGAAAUCAUCCAUCGCGAUAUUAAGGGUGCAAAUAUUCUCGUAGACAACAAAGGGGGGAUCAAGAUAUCCGAUUUCGGUAUCUCGAAGAAAGUCGAGAACAACCUUUUGACGGGAAUACGGACACAUAGACCGUCACUUCAAGGUUCAGUCUUCUGGAUGGCGCCUGAGAUUGUCAAGCAGACUUCUUAUACUUCCAAAGCGGAUAUAUGGAGUGUCGGUUGUUUGGUCGUGGAGAUGUUGACGGGGACCCAUCCAUGGGCCGAAUUGACUCAGAUGCAGGCCAUCUUCAGGAUCGGCUCAUCGGCUCGACCCGCCAUGCCAAAUGACAUUUCGUCCGAGGCAUCUGAUUUCCUCAACAAGUCUUUCGAGGUUGAUCAUGCUGCUCGACCCACAGCUGCUCAUUUACUUGAACACGCAUUUAUAGCUCCCAAGAUUGGCACGGGCGCAGGUACCAUCUCAGCCGCGCAAGCUAGGUCCGCAAUGGCAGCUGCGAAUAAGACGAGGGAAGCGAUGAUGGGCGGGAUGCAGAGUCUGAGCGCUUUUGCAGAAGUGCGAUAGAGAAACGUACCAUCGGUCGAAGUGUUACGAGGGUCUUCAAGCUUUAAUUUGAUCAAGGGAUCCUCAGACAAAAUUAUGAAUGACGAUCA